AUGGUCGACGCGGCCGAGCGGCUGCGAGAUACCGGGGUUGUCGGUGAAUCCGCGACGCAGGAACUCAACUAUGUCGCCAGGUGGGGUUCGCCGGAGACCCUAGACGCCAUCGCGAGGUUCCUCACCGACCAGUACGCGUUCGAAUCGGAGCCCACGGAGCCCAGGGAGAAGGAAGCGAGCGGCGUAGUAAGGCCGGAGAGCCUCAUGAUAACGAACGGAGUGAGCCACGGGAUCGAUUUGGCGUGCGCACAGCUCACGAAACCCGGCGACAUCGUCGUCGUGGAGCUCCCGACCUACUUCCUCGCGGCCGACGUGUUCCGAGACAACGGGCUGGACGUCGUCGGCGUGGACGGGUUGGAGGAGGGAAUCGGACCCGACGGGUUGCCCGACGGGACGCCGGGGUACUUUGACGUCGGCGCGCUGGAGCGGCGGCUGCGCGUCGACGGGCUCAGGCCGCGACUCGUGUAUCUUGUGCCCACGCACUCGAACCCGCGCGGAGGCACGCUUCCCGAGCGUGAUCGAAAGCGCCUCGUCGAGCUCGCCGUCGAGUUCAACUUUUACGUUCUCGCCGACGAGGUGUAUCACCUUCUGCACUGGGGCGAGGAGCCCCCUCCGCCGAGGAUCGGCCGCUCCUCCGCCGCGAGGGUGGUGUCCGUUUCGUCGUUCACCAAGAUCCUCGCCCCGGGUCUUCGAGUGGGAUGGAUAGAGACUGCUCGGUCGAUCGUCGACACGAUAUCAGACAGGGGUUACGUGAAUAGCGGAGGAUGCGUCGCGCCGUUUGCCGCGUCGAUUGUCGUGAGCGCGAUUGAAAACGGUUCGCAGGCGCGAUGGCUUCAGAGGCUACGCGAGCGCUACCGCGGCACCUCUCGAGCGCUUCACGACGCGGCGUCGAGGGAGAAAGCGUCGACGGGGUGGAAGGUUGCCUCGUGUCCUCCGUCCGGCGGCUAUUUCCUCUGGAUCGAGCUCCCGGCGGAUUGCGACGAGCGAGGGGUGACGAGAGCCGCGGAGGACGCGGGGGUGGCGUUCCUACCGGGUUCGCGCUGCGUCCCUGGAGGUACCCUGGAGGUACCCCGGGAGGAACGUUCGUGCAGGCUGUGUUUCGCGUACCUCGACGAGGAGAAGAUCGUCGAAGGAGUGAAGCGGCUCGCAGAAUCGGUGCGGAACGCGCGAGGGAAGUGA